CGCCUCCGUAAUGCACUAGCAAUUUUCAACAAUAUUUCCAACCACUGCUGCGAAGAUAAGAUCCAUUGGAUAGUGCCCGGAUCGUAUCCCACGCAAUAGCAAUACAAACAGAUUCAAGAAACAAACGUGCCACCAACCAGCCUUCCGACCGAGACAGUCCUUCAAUCGAAGCGAAGCGAAUCAAAGCCAUAAAACGAACCAAUCCUUGCACAGCCACAGCCCCAUGGUCUUUUUGCACGCCUUGCUCCACGGCUUUGCGAUCGCCGCGGYGGUCGUUGCCAGCCUGCGGGCCGGAUCCCGCGCCGCGUACAUCUCGAGGCACGGGGCGAUCGGCCUGGUGGACGGGCCGGUCGUCUCGGCAAGCGGCGGGAACCCGGCCCUCUACGAGCUCGCCGAGAACUUUAGGCACUGCGUCGAGGUCUCGCUGGGGGCAGCCAGAACGAGCGGCGSUGUCGGGGAAGGGAGGCCCUUCCGGUACGAGAACGUGGCCACGGACCGGCCGGUGACGAUCGAGACGGCUUCGGGCGGGGUCCCGUCCGCGAGGGCGCGACAGAAAGAACAAACGACGCAGGGCCUGGUAGGGCGGCUCUUUUCCGUCUUGGAGCAAGAACAAAAAAAGAGGCAGCUGGAAGACCGGAUCCAAAAACGGAAGGAUCCCUUUGGAGGACCGGGACGGAAGGGAAGCAGGGGGUACUCGCUGGGAUACGCUCCGUACGAGCCAAAAACCUUUUCCGCCACCCCAAGCGACGAGAUGGCCACGGGUCGAAGCAGUCCCGCGACGGAAUCGGAAGACGACGACGACGACGACGAACCCGACGAGGCGCCACCACCGAUCCUCCCAUUCGCCAGCAAGGUCGUUACCCGGACGGACCGGAUCCGGGCGAAAKCCGACGCGCUCCUGUCGUCGGUCUCGGGAUCGGUGUCCUCGUCCCGUCGAAAACUGCUGGGCUGGCUGCCAGUGUCGGGGGAAGAAACCACCGGSUUCGACCCCGCCGAGUACCGCCGGAGCUUCCGCGGCCAGACGUGGGACUACGGGCGGGCCACCGAGGCGGACUACUUCUACGGGGUCGAAACGGGGGAGCAAGCCAAGAGGAGGCGGCUCKCCCAGCUGACCGCCUACUGCCCAAAGGUCUUUUCCCACCUGCGGGGAUCCGUCUUUGGGAUCUCGGAGGAGUCCUACCUGCGGUCCGUCGCCAGCGACCUGGUCUCCUUCCAGUCCAACUCGAAGGGUGCCGCCCGGGCCGGCGGGGUCUUUUUCUUCACCAGCGACGGGGCCUACCUGAUCAAGACGAUCCCGAACCGGGAAAAGAACACCUUUCUGGAGAUGCUGCCGAGGUACCACCGGCACAUGGCCCGGUACGGGAAAUCCUCCCUCCUGACCCGCUUUUGCGGCAUGUACGGGAUCACCAUCCGGGARGAAGAAACCGAGGUGGAAGAGGCCGGAGGGGCCACCAUUCUUCGCUCGGGGUCGCCCGGYGGAGAAGCAAGCGACGACGGUUCCCCGUCCCCGUUUGCUCCCACCGAAAAGGAAUACACCUUUGUGGUCAUGAACGCCGUCUUCCCGGCCGAGUCCAACAAGUUCAUUUCGGAGCGAUUCGACCUCAAGGGGUCCACCGUCGGCCGYGAGGUCUCGCAGGAGGAACUCCGMWCCAAGGGAAGCAUGGCCGUCCUCAAGGACCUGGACCUGAAGCGAGAGGUCGACGCKKUGGAGAAGGAGAACCAGCGCCUCCUGAUGGUCGAGGCCAACCGGCGCGUUCUCGUCGGCGGUGUCGGGCCGCUGCGGAGGCUGUGGCAGCGAACGAACGCCGGUCGCCAGCAAAAGAKCCACGACAAGGCGGACCACGCGGGCUUCACGAUCGGGGCCACCGCCAAGGCGGCGCUCUUGUCCCAGCUUCGAAAGGACGUCGACUUCCUGAAGGAAUGCCGGGUGAUGGACUACAGCCUCCUGGUGGGCGUCGUCCACCGGGACGRUGCUUCCGCCACCACGGGCAGCGGAAGGGCUGCGGCGGUGGAGCUCUCCCCGGACGUGGUGCAGACCAUCCGGCAGCGGGACAGGAUCCUCGAGCGGCUGGAGGGGCCGGCGUCGUCGUCGUCGUCCUCGUCGUUUCCUUCCGGUGCAAGGACGGCCCCCAAGCUGGACUCGUGGGUCUUCCACACCCUCACCACGCCGGUCCGCCUGCUGGCGUCGCCCCCGGUGUACGUGGCGCGCAAGUCCUGGAAGAUCCUCCGGCGGACCCUCGACUCGAUCGCYACCGCCCCGAUGCCCUACUACGGGUCGGGCCACUGCGGGGUCUACGGGGGAAAGCUCUCGGUCCUGCACGGCGAGCGCAAGCGCCASCGGGCCAUCUACUACCUCGGCCUCAUCGAUUUCCUCCAGCCGUGGUCGACGAGGAAGGUCCUGGAGCGMCGMCUCAAGGGCCUGGCCGGGCAGGACACGGAUGCGRUCAGCGCCGUGACCCCGGAGGAGUACGCGGCCCGSUUUCUGAGGUUUCUGGACGAGCACAUCCACUGAGCGAGAGCCGAGGAGGAGACAAGGAACAAGCACAACGACGCAGAUUGAUACGGAGGUGAAACAGAUUCCGRAACCAAAARGGSUAGGAAAAGGAUGCAUGCGUCAAUGRGAUCCGCUUUCCGAAUUCCCCACAUCGAGGAGAUGCAGCUACACCAUUUCGARAGAGGAGGAAAGCACGAUUUUCCACGUGCUGCAACCUCGGCCUAGAACAAACGGCAUUGCAUUGCGAACGAGUGCCAACACGAACCAACCGGCUUUUCGCGUGAUCGAUUGAGUACGGCAGAGCACCGCAUCAGAUUUGUGCUACGAAUUAGAGAAAYAGCAAAACGAGUAAGAUUAGAACCAGAGUAAGAACGUAGCUGACUACAUUUUG